AUUCAGUACAAACCUUACGAGGUCUGCGUAAAAGAAGCAAACGUGUUGGUAGAAAAGUGCCGAAGAGAUUCAAAGAAUUCACAGUUUAUUGACGUGAAACAGAUUUGCGAUCACUUAGAAGAAAAGUUGGAAAACAUUUGCUCCGAUAACAACGCUAAAGGAUCUUGCCUUGCUUGUUAUGACAAAACCGAAAAGGAAGUGGAGAGCUGUACACGUUUUCCAAAGAUGAUUAAUUGUGACCUCAAUACCACAGUUACGAGAUGUGAAGAACUCAAGGCUUCUCUAAUAAAGUACUGCAAAAGCGAAGGAUGUCAAGGUUGCAGAGAUGCGCACUGCCGCAAUGGAGGCAAGUGCACUGGACCAAAAGUUCAUUGGUGCGCAUGCCCGUCGGGAUACACCGGAGCCUUUUGUCACAAAAGUAAAUGUACAGGGAAGCCAUGUGAAAACGGUGGUACGUGCAUCGGCGAAAACCUCUGUAAGUGCUCACCGGCCUACUCUGGACCUCAGUGCACGGUGAGAAAAAGACUGGGAACUAGAGAAAAUCCAGCACCAAACGCACAAGCAAUUCUCGACGCAGGUGAUAGUCACGGAAGCGGAAUGUAUUGGAUCCAGCCCCCUGGUGAAACAGCCCCGGCUCAAACCUACUGUGACAUGACUUUCGCUGGAGGAGCAUGGAUGUUAGCUAGUUAUGGUUACGUUCACGCAACGUCAUUAAAUGCCAACAAUAAGGCCAUAUCCAAUAUGAAUAACCCAAAUGGUUAUGCCUGGCUUCCCACUCAACACAGCUCCUCAAAUGGGCUAAUCAAUCUGCCCCACGGCGCUGUAAAAAUGGCCAAUAAUGCUCGCUCUAUGAUCAUGGCUGCAGGUAACAACCCAGCCACAGGCGGUAUUGAUCAAUAUUCAUACGUCUAUCGCAUCAACAUUACGGAUAAUCCUUACACCGUAACCUUUGCGAAUCAUAACCGCUUUAAUGGCGGACAACCGGGUCGCAUGCAUGUCCAAGAUUUUAUUGUGGAAGCGUUGAAAGGCGAGAGUGGAACUUAUAUUAGACAUGCUUUAGGGGAGGCCCUGGGGGUGACAUGGAGCGACUCAUAUCCCACUGGGUACGGGUUUAACGACAAAACGGGAUCUUUCUCUGUCUUUGAGAAGGGUCCCUUUUUCCCCAGUGUCCAUUCGGGCUCGGGUCACAGUCCGUGUAGUGGAUGCACCCCAACUAGUUACGAGCCUGACGUGAAGGGAGGCUCCCCUCACUACACACAUCGUGGAUGGUACACAGCUACAGGUUUUGGUAAGACAGGGCAAACCUCUAUUUGGUUCAAUUAAUCAGCAGUGCCA